AUGAAUUCCCCACCUGCAUGUCAGAUGUGCCAUAUUGGGCGCGACAGUGGACAUGCACGAUGGUCGAGAAAGAUCCCACCUGCAUUAGUUAUUUCCUCAGGGGAGGUCGUCACAUUUGAUACGAUUGACAGCAGCAAUGGGCGAAUUGAGAGGACCUCCGACGCUUCAGCAAUAAGCUCUUUGGAUAUAGCUGCAACAAAUCCAGUAUUUGGUCCAGUUUAUAUCCAAAAUGCGCAACCGGGCGAUACUCUGAAAGUUGAAGUCAUCGCUUUGGAGACGGCGGACUGGGGGUGGACAGCUACUAUCCCUGGAUUUGGACUCUUAGCAGACGAAUUUUCGGAUCCUUCACUUCAUAUCUGGCAGAUCAACAAGGAACGAGGAUACGCUGUUUUCAAGGAUAAUAUACGGAUCCCUUUGCGCCCAUUCCUGGGUUGUAUCGGCCUGGCUCCUGCAACAGACGAGGACUUGUCUACGGUUCCUCCGACAAACGCCGGAGGUAACCUGGAUUGCCGUGACUUGACCGUCGGGGCCACCCUCUACCUGCCCGUGCAAACGGACGGGGCUCUAUUUAGCUGUGGGGAUGGCCACGCUGCUCAGGGCCACGGAGAAGUAUGCGGGACCGCAAUCGAGACCUCAAUCAAGGCUACGCUUCGAUUCGAACUAUGCAAGGACAUGCCGUGGGUGACGAGUCCACAAUAUGAGACCCCGCCCAGCCUGCUGACAACUAGAAUGCCGGUAUUUGGCGAAUACGCAACAACCGGUGUCGGCCAAACGCUUCACGAGGCCUCCAAAACAGCGGUCCGGAACAUCAUUCAGUGGAUGGUGGCCACCAAGGGCUUGACUCAUUGUGAGGCAUACAUGAUAGCCAGUGUAGCAGGCGAUCUACAGAUCAUCGAGGCGGUAAAUAUGCCUAACUAUGUGGUGGCAAUGACAAUUCCGUUGGAGAUAUUUGGCCCAAGUUAG